ACACAGGCACAGAGCUUUCAGUCACUGAAAACUAACACCUGGAAGAUACAGGUAAGUUCACACAGACAUGCUGGACUCAGGUGGAGAUUCUCCAUCAGCCUCCUCCAUGGAUACAAAGAUGGACACGGAUGAUAGCCACAUGGAGGGAAUGAAAAUGGAAAGAGAAAUUGAACAAACAAUGGGUAAUGACUUUUCUGACGAGCUGCACCAAAUCCUUCCAUUGGGAGAAGGACCAUCCAACUGCAGGAGAGUCGGAGCGAGAUCCAGACCCAGUCUCCAGUGGACAAAGAGCUUCCCCCCUUACAGUCAGUGCAUAGGUGGACUCGGAGACCGGGACAGUGAGAUGAUGAAGGAUGAAGACUGGAUGGAGGGUUUUCAAAGCACAGAAAGAAAAGAUGAUGUUGAAGUGAAUCCAAGAUGUGCAAGGGAUGAGGUGAGGGCAAAAUGGAGGGCGAAAAUGAAGGAGAGGUCAGGAGGGAGCUAUGAGGACGAUACAGACAGAUGGGAGGGAGGAAGGUGGUGUGGGAAGAGAAGAGUGGAAGAGAAUGGUGGAGAAAGGGGCUGUGAUGAUGAGGAAAGGGUAGGGGGCACAAAGAGAGAGUGGAAACACAGGAGAGGUGGAAACUCCAGUUUUGAAAUAAAAGAGAGGGAUGAAGAGAGGAAGAGACUUUCCGUUUUAUUCGAAGAUGGAGAGAACAAGGGGAGUGGGGAAAACCUUAAGGAAGAGGCUGAGGAGCUGCCGAGAACAAGAGGAGGCUCCACGACACAUCAAUGGUCCUCCCCACAUCCAAUCCUCUCCAAGCUGUUACAAUCCUCGUCCACCACCUCCUCCUGCUCCAUCAACCUCUCCUCAGUGGAGAGCGACGACGUCUUCAGUGAAGGAGAGGAUGAUAUCAAAAAGAAAACAUCCAAGAAGUCUCAUUCCUGGAAAACCUACCUGACCAUGAUGCACUGGUCGCUGCGGCGGCAGAGCUCCUGGGCCCAGCUGGCUGGACAUCAAGGUAACUUCCAGCUGAGUAGUGAAGGGGAGGUGCUGAAACUGCACAAUGAAGAGGAGGCGAAGUGUCUCGAACACCUGAUGAGGGACCCACUGAGACCCUUUGUCCCAGAGUUUCACGGCACGGUCACCAGGGGGGAGCACUGCUACAUCCGGAUGGAGGACCUGCUGAGCGGCCUGAGGAAACCUGUGAUCAUGGACUGCAAGAUGGGAGUCAGGACAUACCAGGAGGAGGAGUUGGCCAAAAAUAAGACCAAAGCCACCCUGCGGAGUGACAUGUACCAGAGGAUUGUGAAAAUAGAUCCGUCCGCCCUGUCAGAAGAGGAACACACACAGAGAGGUGUGACCAAGUGGCGCUACCUUCAGUGGAGGGAUACAACCAGUUCUACAUCCACACUAGGCUUCAGAAUAGAGGGCAUCAUGAUGGAGGACGGAAGCGUCCAACGGGACUUCAGACAAAUUAAGACUUUAGCUCAGGUCACAGAGGCAUUGCUGUACUUCACCAGUAAGCAGCUGGACGUCCUGAAAGCCUAUCACUCCAGACUACUGGCCCUGAGUGAUGCACUGAUGAAUUCACCAUUUUUCCGAACCCAUGAGGUGAUCGGCAGCUCGCUCCUCUUUGUCCAUGACCAUAUCAGCAUGGCCAGCGUGUGGAUGAUAGACUUUGGGAAGACGACCCCAGUGCAUGACACAAUCAAGCUCCGACACAACAUCCCGUGGGUCGAGGGGAGCAGGGAGGAUGGCUACCUCAUUGGCCUGACCUCCCUCAUCACGUCUUUGAGCCAGGCCAUCAGUGUGGCCUCCUGUCACAAGGAGGAGAGCGGCAGAGAGGAGGAGAGCAUUAUAAUGAAGCAGACUGAGGAAUGUGGUUAGACAACACUCAAAUUCACCAUCAGAUGGACAAUGCUUGUGCCAUUACCCCACUGAACUUCAUUUCAUUCACUGAAAGGGAGGAUUUGUUUUAUGGGAAAUCUGUCUUUCCUGUUUUAUUUCCUUUGUGAAGGACCAAAAUCCCAAGAUGCAUGUUUUUACCUUCGAAGCUUUCUCACUACGAUGUUGAGUUUUUUGUGGGAGCUGAUCUGAAAAAAAAAACUUAUAAGAAGAAAAUCUCAGGUUUCAGACUGUUUUAAGUAAGUCUCAAAAAUACUAAAGAUGCUUUAACCCUUUGAUACACAAGCUAUGCAAACCCCUUCUAAUGCACAACAUGGGUCAAAAAUUACCCGUAUUCAUUUUCUUUGUUGUUUCAUGCAUGGCUGGGUGUUUCUUGCUGUAUUCUUUUAUAGCUUAUUCUUCCUUCUUCAUUUAGGAGAAGGCUCCUUUGAUGACACAGAAGAUGAGUCUCCAAUGUCAUUAAAGACGCCUUCCUUAUUCAUGAGAGCUGGAUUCCAAGACCCACAACUCCAGCUUGAUGCUGUGGAACAUAGUCUAGGUCCUCAGCAUCAGAGGUUAUAGAUUCGGAAUCAAGACCAAGAAUUGCCUCCUCAUUUCCCUCAUCCUGUUGUUCAUACAGCAUCUUUAUGACCAAUGUCAACGUAAGCCUUAAAUGAUUGCGACGAGCCAUACUGACACUCUGGAUAAAGAAAAUCAAAAGCAUAUUUUCAUAUCAAGCAUAUCAAUAAGUCUAUUGAGUAUAUAUUGUUCUAUUUCGUGUUUUAUUUUGUUGAUCUAUGGUUAGCUAGCCAGAAAAGAAGCUAGCUAGCUAACAGGCUAGUUAGUAUUGUACAUAUUUCUCUUUCUCACUGGUUAUGGAUUGUAAAAUAAGACUUAAAUCCAUCAGAUGUGCAAAAGCAGCUGUGUUAAAUGAAUGGUAGGUGUUCCGUAGUGAACACAUACUGUAUGGGUCAAUUUUUAACGAUGUGUGUAAAAGUGAUGUAGAAAUAUAAAAUGUACCUUUGUUUAUAAAGUCAGAAAGGAAAAAGGAAAAUAAUGAUUUGUG